AAUAACACACCUAUAAGUAUACGCUGUUCGCGACCGUCUCUACAGCGUUAUCUGCAGCAGCUGUGCACGAGAUGAUUUAUUUGUUUCCCACUUCCGCUGCUUUUUAUUUAAAACGUGUUUGUUUUCACUAUCCCUUAUCAGUAAUGUCAUAUGUCCCAGUACUUUGUUAGCGUUAUUAUUAUUAUUAUUUGUACACAAAUUCUGCGCUUGUGCGUGUGUGCGUGUGUGUGUGUGUGGUGUGUGUGUGUGCGUACUUGCAAUUUGCAGUUUGCACAUCGCGAACCAUCGUUGUCGGGGACUAGCAGAGUUGUAGAAUGUCAAAACGACCGCGUUCGAGUACAAUAUUGUGACUUAUAUACGUAUACGUAUCAUGUAGUGUGUUCUGUUGUUUCGCCGGAAUCGUUGGCCGCUAAUCGCUCAUGUAGUUGAUGAUUUAAUAGGACUGGCGUAAUUUUUCAUUUCGGUCGAUUACAGCCCUAUAAUUCACUGUUAUCAUCGUUAACGAAAUUGUCUAAUUAGUUCCUGCGUUGCAGCUCCUCGGACCGAAGCAAUUACACGAAACCUAGAACAAUGGAAGAACAGACUUUAUUGCAACAUUUGAUGGAAUUGGCCACACAUAUGCGUCAAGAACGACUUUUCACCCAAUAUGAGUUGAAUAACUUACAAACGCUCAAUGAACAGGUAAUCAGUGUAUCAAAUAGAUUGGCACAAGAAGCAUGGAUAACAACUCAGCAACGAAUUAAUCUUAACAAACUAGUAAUAUCAAAUCCUGACUGUACACCUGCUGAUUGUUGUGAAACUGCUCAUCAUUUAGAUGAUGCACAUUUUAUUGAUGCUCAUGAAUCUAUUGGCUAUGAAAAUUCACAAACAUUUGGUGUUCUUGUGCAAAAAUUGCGUUUAAGUCCAAAACUUCUAGCAUGUUGUUUAUCUGCUGGAGAUCGAUUGUUAUCUAGUAAAAUGCCAGAAGUUGUUAAUUGCACUAUAUCUGGAAUAUUUGGAUCAUGUUUAAUGGCAGAAGAUAAUGUUUUAAUUUUAAAAUUACUUAGACAUUUGGCUGUAUUACAAUUAAUUCCUGCAGAUAACCCUCAUAGGGUAUUAAGUCAUGGUUCUUGUGCUUUUUCAAGAUUGUAUUCAGCAUUCCAUGGAAGUUUAUUUUCCGCUAAGUUAUUUUUGACUGCUGCUUUUCAUGAUCCUAUUAUGCAAUUGUUGAAAGAUGAAGAAAAGUACCUUGAUAUUGACCCAGACAAAGCUCGAAUAAGAUUUUCUCAUUUGAGAACGUCCAAUCGAGAAGAAAGUUCAGAAUACAAUUUAAAAUUACAAAAUUACAGGAAGUCAAUUGUAGAACAGUUAGUGGCUAUUGCAUCAAAAUUUAUUAACAGUCUUAAUGAAAGUCUUUAUUGUUUUCCAAGUUCAGUAUGUUGGCUCGUUAGGCAAAUCCAUACAUUAUUAACUGCAGGAAGUACUUUGACUGAAAAACAGAUUUAUGGUAUCUGUGUAAAUCUAGUAUUUACAUAUUUUAUUUGUCCAGCAAUUGUAAAUCCUGAACCACAUGGGAUUACUGAUGCUGAUAUUACUCAAAUUGCACGGUAUAAUCUUAUUCAAGUAGCAAAUAUAAUUCAAGUGUUAGCCAUGUGCAAAUAUGAACCAAUAGAUAACAAAGUACAAGAUUUGUAUCAACACUUCAAUAAGGAUUGCAUUUCUAGCAUAGUGGAAGCACUAUUAAAAACGUCAUCAAGAAAUUCUUUGAAUGAUGAAAAUCUGACUGUAAACCCAAAUAUUAAAUUAGAAAACUUAAUUCGAUCCGUUGCAUUAUUUACUGAAGAAGAACUUCAAACAUUUAUAAAUUUUUUGCACGUGGUUUCUAAUGAUGGUACAUUAAGUGAGUCUGAUAAAAAAGAAUUGGCUGAUUUGUUAAUGAAUAUACCAAUAAUAUGGCCUGAUACUAAUUCAAAUGAUAAAUUUCAAUUACCUGUUGAACAAAAAAAACUUAGCUUACUGAGUAAAACUGCUUCUACAUCUUUUGGAAAAGUACUACCAAGUACAAAUAUAUUAAAUUUUUCAAACACUGGAGGAGGAGAUUAUAACGAUGAUGACAAAUCAAAAAAAGAUUUUGAUAAAAAAGUUCUUAUUAUUCCAUUUGAGAAUACAUUUAACUCAGCUAUUGGCUUAUUGCCAGAAUAUAAGGUUUUAGAACUUGAAAAAUCUAACUCCCAAGAAAAUGAUGAGCAAAACAACAAAUCAUAUGAAGUUACAAAGAAAAAAGAAAAACCUUUACAUUCUGUUUCUCAUGAAGGUUCAAUUGUGGAUACUGGCAAUACUAGCGAUUAUUUAGAAGCUGUCUCAGAAGCUGCAUCUAAUCAUAGCGUCCCAUCAUCUGUAGAACUUGAUCAAGAUCAAAAUGAUAAUUUAUCAGAUAUGGUAUCGGCAAACGUAUCAGGACGAGGAACCCCAAAUAUAUCAGGUCGCGAUACACCUUCAUCACAAGUUACUGAAAAUGAAGAUGUAGCUAAUGGUCCUCCAAUGCCAUCUGCUCGUAUAAAUCCAUCUGCAAAACAAUGUAAAUUUGAUCUUGAUGAUAAAUUUGGCAAAUUUGAAAUUAAGUCCAAGAUGCAAGGAAUGGGACGUGACGAAACUACGUCAUCAAUGGUAUCAGAUACAUGGAGUAUGGAUGUUUUGGCAAGUGAUAACGAAAUACUUGAUCUAUCUGAUAGAUCUCAAAUUAAUGUUCAACUUCCACCACCACUUCAACCUUUACCUCCUCAAGCUAUUCCAAAUAAUCAACAAGUAUUAGAUAUUAAUGAAACUGCAUCUGAAGCCUGGAGUACGGACGUUUUUGCUUCAGACACUGAUAGACUUGCUGAGGUUGAUACAGAUGAUACAGCUAGUGUUGCAAGAUCUGAUGAUAUGUUACGAUACGAGUUAGAAGGCCGUGGUGAUAUGGAUGGAACAGAUGAUUCUUCAAACUAUCAUUACUCACCAAAUGUAUUUAGACCAAUAGUAGAAAUCCAGCAAGAUAGUUCUUUACGGUCUGAAAAUGCUUCAUUGUUUAAUAACAGAGCAUCAAGACGAAAAGUUUCUGAUAGUAGUGCAGAAUCAAAUGCUAAUAAAUUUAUUGGUUCACCUGAUGAUCUUCCAUCUAAUCGAACUGAUAUAGGAUCAAAUGUAUCAAGAUCUGCAUUUUCUAUGGUUUCUACUUCAACUGGACAAACACCAACUGGACCAUCAAAACUUUCUCAUAGACCACAUCCUUCAUCCAGUCAAGAAGCUUCAGUUGAUGAUGGAGACACAAAUCUUGGCUUACAUAUGAGCUCUUGUAGUCUGGCAUCCACUAGUAGUAGUGGCAGUAGUCUAGGAACUAAACCCAAACCUGCAUUAAUGAACGGUUCAACUGUAACAAUGAAAACUAAUACUAAUGCAGUUUUGAUUAACACGAAAAUAGGAAAUAAUACUGGGAAUUUAAUAACCAAAAGUAUAAGUUUUGAUAAAACAGCAGAACGUGGCGAUAGAGAAGCAUAUGAUGAUGACAGUAAAAAUAAAAAAGGUUUUUUCAAAAACUUUAAAAUUUCUUUUAAAAAUCGCCGUGGAAAAUGGUAUAGAAAUGAUGAAUUAAGUUACGAUACAUUGCAAGGAUCUAGUAAUAAUGGUGGGAAUGAAUCAAUUUUGAAUAAUAAUAUAUCCGAAAAUUCUCUGCUUGAUGAAUCAUCUGAAGAUAUAUUGGCUAAAUAUCGUAAAAAACCAAGCAAUAGCUUAUUGAAUUUAAAUGAUAAGAAUGCUAGUCAAAAAUUAGGAAGCAUAAAAAAUGAUGAAGAUUCUGUGUCAGAAUUAAACCAAAGUAUUGAUUUAGAAACAAACUCAUUUGAUGAUGCAAAAAAAAAAUUGCGACUAGUUUUGAGUACAGUUGAUAUACAAUAUGUACCCUGGUGUAACGAAACAGAAUCCAAACCUAUGUUGAAUACUUGGCGUGAUAAAGAUAAUGAAGUAGUUGGCUUGUUACAAUAUCAACUAGCUGAGGCAACCAAUUUAAAUGAUCAUUUUUUAUCAGCCAGACUUCAUGAAACAAUUAGGUGCUUGAAAAUGUUUGAUACACACGAUUGUCAAAAAUUAAUUAUUGCAUUGAAAGAAGAUUAUAAGUCAAGAGCACCUUAUAUAACAUAUUUAGUAAAAUGUAGAAAAACAUUAUUAACUAGUAUAGCUCAAUUAAACAGAUUAUUGGAACAAAUCAAAUGUGAUCGUGAAGUAUGUAGUCAGUUUUUGAUUACAAAAUGUGUGCAGAUAUUUUUAGAGCAAAAUGAGCAAUGGGUGUCCGAGUUUAUUGAUGAAUUUGAACAACGUAAAUUAGCAGAUGAGAAAAAUCAGCAUCUCAAUAAAUUUUUGUCAACACUUGAAGUUGAAAUGAAACGCAACAGUAUUUGGAAGGGGGCUAGUUUUGAUCAAAUUGAUGAUGCAAAAUUAACUAUUGAACGAGCAAUAAUUAGUCGAGUAUACUCAUUAGCUAUGUAUCCUAAUGGGGAUGCUGAUUUUUAUAGAGACCAAGUUUUACAUGAACAUAUGUCUAAUUUGUCCAAGAAUAUAGUACCUACACACAAUGAUUUACGCAUUCCUAAAAAAUUUCAUUUUGAAUGUCCUUGGCCUUCCGCUCAAGCUGAAAUUUCAGCAAUUUCAGCAUACAAAACACCAAAAGAUAAAUUACAGUGUGUAUUUCGAUGUACAACAACCUUAUUAAAUCUAAUGUCAAUGGCUGGUGAACAUGGCAAUAUGCAUCCAGCUGCAGAUGAUAUAGUACCAGUUCUCGUUUAUGUUCUUAUCAAAGCAAAUCCACCUUCUUUAUUAUCAACUAUUCAGUAUAUAAAUAGUUUUUAUGGCGACCGUUUAGAAGGCGAAGAACAUUAUUGGUGGAUUCAGUUUUGUGCAGCAAUCGAAUUUAUUAAAACUAUGAAUUAA